UUAAGGCUUCAAGGUGUCAAUCAGUCAAAGCGUAACUUGUCAAAUGUCAGUUACUUGUUAUUUGUCAAUUUGUCAUUGUCAUUUAUAAAAACAACAAUUUGUUCUUGUCCUUCAGUGAUAACGUAUUUUAUGGAUUAAUUAAUAUAAAGCUGAUAAACGAAAAUUGAAUUUUAGUUGUUUUCCUGUAGUCGCAUUUUGCGGACGUGUUGAGAUAAGAAUUAUUUAUAUUUAUUUUAAAAAAUAGUAAAGAAUGGCUACUAAAACCCCAAGAGUUUUUUCAAUUCAGAGUCAUGUCGUCCAUGGGUAUGUGGGUAAUAAAAGUGCAGUUUUUCCUUUACAAGUUUUAGGUCUAGAGGUUGAUGCAAUUAAUACGGUGCAAUUUUCAACGCACACAGGCUAUAAAAAUAUUAAAGGAACAGUUUUAAAAAAUGAAGAGAUGGAAGAGUUGAUUAAUGGACUGGUAUUAAAUGAAGUUGAUUAUUACACACAUUUCUUAACAGGCUAUUCUAGGUCACCAGACUCACUUAAGCAAAUUGCCCAAAUCAUUAAAAAUCUUAGAGUUAAAAAUCCUGGAUUGGUUUAUGUAUGCGAUCCAGUGAUGGGCGACAAUGGUAAACUGUACGUACCCGAAGAUAUUCUGCCAGUGUACAGAGAUGAUGUGGUGCCUCUAGCUGAUAUAUUAACACCAAAUCAGUUUGAAGCAGAGCUUUUAACUGGUAUACCAAUGAAGGAUUUGGACGGUGCCAUAACUGUUAUACAAGCCUUGCAUGAUAAAGGAGUGAAGACUGUUGUAUUAUCGAGCACUGAUUUGGGUGAUGAUGAGCAUAUGGUCGGACUCGCUAGCAAUAAAGAGUCAUGUUAUAAAAUAGAGAUACCUAAGGUGGACGCGAAUUUUACGGGAACCGGCGAUCUGUUCGCCGCGCUGUUCCUGGCGUGGUCGUAUAAGACCAAGAAUGACUUGAAGCUGACAUUGGAGCUAACGAUAGCAACACUACAAGCCAUUGUUAAGGACACCUAUGAUAACGCAAGAAAAAUUCAGCCUACUGGGAUAAUCUCACCCGCACUCAUAGAACUGAGACUCAUUCAAAAUAAGCAUAUUAUUGAAAACCCUAUAAUUAAUAUAACUGCAACGGAGAUAAAACGUAACUAAGAGAAAUUGUAGAUAAAGUUUAUAUUUACAUAUCAUUAUAACAUGCUUGAAUAAUGCACAGUACAAAGUAAACGAAAUGAUGUUGAACAUGCUUUAGUGUUGCCACUCAUCAAAUAUAAGAUUAGGUCGAAAUUGCACUAUCAGCUACGAAUAUGUUUUACUUAUUACAUAGAAUGUUUCAAUGUUCUUUAAUAUAGGCUUGUAACAGUAUUCGCCUGUUAAUUAUUCACGCAAUGAAUUCCAAAUAAAAGCCGACCAAAAACUGUCUUCCAAUAAUUGAAUAAGAAAUGUCUGUGAUAGAUGUAUUUUGCUGUUGUUUGUUUUUUAUCGUAUUUGUAAUUUUAUUAAGAUUUCGUGUGACAAUAUUAUGUUGAUUAAAUAA